AUGCAGCGCUCUCUCUUAGCCCUGUUGGCAAGCCAGGCCCUCUGUGCCGCUUCUUCUUCUUUGCCUAUUCGGCUCGAGACCAGAUCGGAGUUGAGCUCACGCCUCGCCAAUGUCCAUGUCAUCUUCAACGAGGUCGUCGAGGGAGCCUUGACUUAUACCUACGGAUCAUGCUCGUCCCUUGAGCUACGUGAUGCUCACCACACCGUUGGUCGAAGCACGGACGCGACUACGUCCCGGCUGGUAUGGAUCAUGCCCGAGAAUGCGGACUCUGCUGGCUGCCUAUCAGCAUGGGACAAUGUGGGGAAAUUGGUUGGCCGCAGUGAGCCGCAGCACUUCAAGCUCAGGCGGAGAAGCUUGGAAGAACGGGCCCUCAACAGCAUCGAGAUGUCGAAUGCUACCGGCAUCGACACCUGGGGCCCCUGGUUCAACGGAGUCGAGCUGUUGGAGAGCAAGAACCUCAGCAGUGUUGAUGUGGAGACGGCCAAGUCAAAGCAGAUCGCCAUCGUGGGCGCCGGCAUGUCGGGCUUGAUGACCUAUUUGGUCCUAUCGCAGUCAGGAUUCACAAACAUCAGCAUCCUCGAGGCGGCCCAGCGUCUCGGUGGCCGAGUUCACACCGAGUAUCUGUCUGGCGGUCCCUUCAACUACUCAUACCAAGAGAUGGGGCCUAUGCGUUUCCCAGAAACCGUAGUGUACUCGAACGAGACCUACAACAUCACGGAUCACAGACUGGUCUUUCAACUCGCCGCCGAGAUGAACAAAAUCAACGGUAACAACAAGAACUUGAGCGUCGACUUCAUCCCUUGGCACCAGGCCAGCGAAAACGGCCUCUACUACCACAACGGUAUCAAGCUUGACAAUGGAUUGCCACCUACCCUUGCCCAGAUUGAGGCCGACCCUUCGCUCGCCGUAGCAAGUGUCGAAAACCCCUCCACCACUGCAUUGGAGGAGCAAGUCAACAUGUACAGGGCAAACGAGACGCUCAUGAUCGAGCUUGCCGAGAACAUGUUCAAAACCCACAGCGAGUUUAUCCGCGAGGGCCUUAACGGUCUCGGUGGCGAUCAGUUUUCGGAGUUUGCUUUCAUGGUCAACUAUCUGGGCGCCUCGCUCAACGACACUGACGUGGUCAGUGGUGGAGCCUUCGGAUCUUCGUUCUGGGAUGACCUGUACGAGGGCAUGUACUUCGAGGCCGCAACGUGGAAGACCAUCGACGGAGGACUGAGUCGUCUGCCCCUUUCUUUCCACCCCUUGGUUGACAACAUCACCUCGAUGAACACCAAAGUUCAGCGCGUCGAAUUCAUCGAGGAGGAGCAGAAGGUCAAACUGCAGUGGAAGAACGACUACACCGACUCCACCUUCCAGAACGCAACCUACGACUACGCCGUCAUGGCCCUGCCCUUCUCCAUUGUCAAGAAGAUGCGUCUUCCCUCGAUGCCAGCCACCAUCACGAACGCUAUCUCUAACCUGCCCUUCGAGUCUGCCUGCAAGGUAGCCCUCGAGUUCCAGACGCGCUUCUGGGAGCACUACGAGAACCCCAUCUAUGGAGGGUGCUCAACCUCCACGGACAUCCCGGGCGUUGGAUCCAUCUGCUACCCGUCGUACAACAUCAACGGCACCGGCCCCGCCAGUAUGCUUGCAUCGUACAUCUCGGGCGACUGGGGCGUCCGAUGGGUGUCGACCCCCGAAGCCGAGCACGUGCAGUAUAUCAUCGACGCCAUGGCCGAGAUCCACGGCGACGUCGUGUAUGAGCAGUACACGGGCAACUACAACCGCCGGUGCUGGGCCUUGGAUCCUUAUGAGGGAGGUAGUUGGGCUAGCCCGCUGAUUGGACAGCAUCAGUUGUACAUCCCGGAAUACUUCAAGACUUACAACAACAUGAUUUUCGUGGGUGAGCAAACGUCGUACACGCAUGCUUGGAUCGCUUCGGCUCUCGAGUCGGGUAUCCGUGGUGCCGUUCAGCUUAUGCUGGAGGAGGGUCUUGUCGAUGAAGCAAAGGUCGCUGUCGAGAAGUGGAUGGCACGAUGGAUUGAGGUGUAA